AUGAUUGAUCAACCAAGGAAGAAGCGUUCCAGAAAUGGUUGCUUGAGUUGCAAACAAUUGAGAAUCAAAGUACGUCACGAUCAUCAAUAUACCAUCGACAAAGUGAAAUGCGUGUAUGCUUCUGCUACUACUGCACCAAAGAGUCAAUCGCAAUCAAAGACAAACUCUUGUGCCAAGAGUUCAUCAGGGUUUAUUGAAGAGAUGGAUUCAUCGGGUACUGCUACAGCCACAGCCACAGCCACGGCAACGGCAACGGCAACUACAACGGCCACUCCAUACUCCGAAAUACUAGAGUUAUACAACACCACCACCCUGAGCUCAGCGCCUAUAUCACCGGCAUUUGAUGAAUACAGAUCACCAUCACUGAUAUUAUUCAGUGGUCAACUCUCACCACGAACCAAAACACUCUUGCUUGACAGAGACACGUAUGAGACUCCCACGCACGUUGAUUUCCUCACUCGCAGUCUAAUGUUGAAUCAAGCUUCUUCAAUGUUGGGUAUUCUGAGGUUUGAAUUACGAUUGUUGAAAUUUUUCGAUAGACAUUGCAUCGAGUUGUUUUCGUUUGGUGUUAAUGAAGGUAUACAUAAUGCAUGGAAGUAUAAAGUGCCGCAUUUGUUUAUGGAGAGUGACUUGGUACGACAACUGAUGUUUUCAUUCGCGGCUGUGGCCUUGGGCACUUUGGUGUCGUUGGAAGAUGUGCUGCAUUUGGACAAUGAUGGAAAUAUGGUGAGGCAUGGGGAUACUGUUGCAGAUGGUGAUGCCAUUGAUGUAAUUGACAACAUACUGUCUUCCUCAUCGAUUGUUGACGCCAACAGUUUACAGUUUGACACAUUGACAAAGAAUAAUAUUUAUAUGAGGACCACGUCACAGUUCCUUAAAACGCUAGCUAAGGCUCAAGAACGAAUUGAUGAAGUACAUGCUACGGGCUCAUUUACUGAUCCGUUGACGGCGAAGGAGUUGACGGUAUCGAGUAUUUUGAUUUUUUCAUUUUUGGGAGUACAACCACAUGGGUUGAUCAAAUUAAUUAGUUUCAACAAUGGAAACGGAGCAAAAGAGGCGAAAGAGUGUGGGGCCGAGGAUGUGGACGAGGAUGAAGAGACUGAUUUGAUUUCAAUUGCUCGUGGUUCAAGAGAAGUACUUCUCAAUUGCGCAAGUACAGUACUCGAGUCUGAUUUAAGCGGAUUGCUAUUUUUUCGAGUAAGCAAAGAGAUAUACAGUCCCCCUUUAAAGCAAUGCGGGUACCCUAUAAUCAAGUACCUUUUGAAAACAUUGUAUGAAUACCAAGAUGAUUCUUCAACGUCAUCAUCCACAAUGGGGGAACCAAUGGUUUUCAAUUUCGAAUCCCUGCAAUACCAAAUGUUCUUAUUAACGCUAGAUUGUCUAACCAAGGCCCUUUUCGGGUGUGGCUAUUACAAAUUCCCCAUACCUUUAUUCCGCUUCUUGAUGGUUAUACCCGAACAGUUUCGUGUUUUGCUGUAUGCCAAACAUCCAUUUGCAUUGAAGAUAUUGUUCAUUUAUGCCGGUUUAUGUUUUAUUGCCAGGUUUCAAAUGUACAAGGAACAUAAUCUUUGGCGAGAUUAUGUCUUGUGGUAUCAUGAGAAAGUGGGGUUGAAUGAUGAGAUGGAACGGAGAUUGUAUCAUCUUGUCGUUGAUGAAUUUUAUCUAAUCCCGAAUUAUGAAGAGUUUCCCUAUUUUGACCCAUUGGGUGUUGAAAAUGUGGAGGUAUAUGCGAAGUAG